GGGAGCAGAAAGAGGGUUCUGGAAGGCAUCAUAGCGUUCUUCAACGAGCUAGAUAAGCAGCACAAAGAGGAACAGAGUGGUGACGAGCUCUUGGAUCUUAUUACCGUGCCGUCAGGUGAACUUCGUCACGUGGAAGGCACCGUUAUUCUCCACAUUGUGUUUGCCAUGACAUUGGACUGUGAACUAGGCAGAGAACUCCUGAAACACGUAAAGGCAGGACAGCAAGGAGAUUUCAGUAAUAAUUACAUAUGUCCCUUCAGCAUUGCCCUCCUGCUCUCUGUAGCAAGAAUACAAAGGUUUGAGGAGCAGGUGUUUGACCUUUUAAAGGCUUCAGUUUUUAAAAGCUUUAAGGAUCUUCAGCUUCUCCAAGGCUCAAAAUUUCUUCAGAAUCUAGUCCCUCAUCGGUCCUGUGUUUCAACCAUGAUCUUGGAAGUGGUAAAGAACAGUGUCCAUAGUUGGGAUCAUGUUACCCAGGGCCUAGUCCAGUUUGGUUUCAUUUUAAUGGAUUCAUAUGGGCCAAAGAAGAUUGUAGAUGGACAAGCUAUUGAAAGCAGCCCAGGUCUUUCUAGAACACCAAACCAGCAUGCAUGUAAGCUGGGAGGUGACAUCCUGUUGGAGACUUUUAAGAUCCAUGAGAUGAUCAGACAGGAAAUUCUGGAGCAGGUCCUCAACAGGGUUGUUACCAGAGCAUCCUCUCCCAUCAGCCAUUUCUUAG